AGUAUUUCCGUUUUUGUUAGAAAACCUUUCUCCCCUGUUUCCAUUUUUGUUUGAAAAUCCUGUUCCAUCGUCUCUUUUCAUUCACAUUUGUGUCUUUCUUUCAUGUUGCAACUUUACUUUAUCAUAUAAUCAUACUCUGUUAACCUUCUUGUGAUCAUACAUUACGUUUCGAUUGUUAUGUGAUCUUCCAAUUUCUACUUAGGGUUUCAAACUUAUCCUUCUUCUUUCAAUUCUUCUAAAAUACAGUAGAAAUUAGUGUUGUUCACUUUUGAAUAUUUCCUUAUUUAGCAGUUAAAUUUCGAGAUGGAUGAUGGUAAAUGUCACUCUGAUUCACUGAGAGUUUGCAAGCUGAGAAUCCUGUUGCCGAAUGGGAUGACUGUAUUGGUCAAGAUACCUCAAGGAACCGACUUCAUAACUGUUAGAGAGCUUGCUAACAAAGUAAAAGAGCAACAUGAUAUUCAUAGAGCAUCUAACCCUAAGAAGAAAAGUGUUAAAUGGGAUGCAGAUUUGUGUUUUAUCGACGAUUACGAUUAUGUAUUUAGAAAUUGCCUUAAGUUGACCAGACUAGAGCCGAAUAGAGUGUAUUAUCUUAGACUUGAUGAUGGGUCUCCGCCAGCAACGAUCUACGAGAACAUGUGGGAUUUAACUCCGGAUACGGAGUUGCUAAUGGAACUGCCAGAAGAGUAUACUUUUGAAACAGCAUUGGCUGAUUUAAUAGACAAUUCUUUGGAAGCAGUGUGGGCCAAUGAUGAAGGUGAUAAGAGGUUAAUAAGUGUUGAAGUAUCAGAUAAGAAAAUAUCUAUUUUUGACACAGGUCCGGGUUUGGACCCUGUGUCUAUAGAGAAGUGGGGGAAAAUGAGGGCACACAAAAUACAAGGCAUUGGUGACAAGCCUCCAUAUUUAAAGCCUGACUUUGGCAUGUUUGGAUUUGGUGGCUUUAUUGCAUCUCUGCAUUUAGGAAGGCGAACAGAGCUUUCCUCCAAGACGAAAAUUGGUAAAAAAGUUUAUAUAUUACGUCUUGAGAGGGAUCCUCUUGUCAGCGGUUCUGUUUCUGGUUCAAAAGCAACCUGGAGGACUUAUGGUGGUCUUCGAGACCCCACUAAUGACGAACUUGAAUUAUCCCCCGGGGGAAGUUUCACGAAGGUUGAGAUUUUUGAACCAAAGAUGAGAAGCAUUAACAUACGGCGGCUUAAAUGCAAAUUAAAGGAUGUUUAUUUCCCCUAUAUUCAGUGUGAUGACUUGUCGAAGAAUGGGAGAACUAUUAUGCCUAUUGAAUUUCAGGUUAAUGGAGAUGAUCUAGCUGAAAUUCCAGGUGGGGAGGUAGAAAUUACAAAUCUAGCUUCAUGCAAUGGUCCAGAAUUCAUAUUACAAGUUUGUUUUAAAUCGAAUCAUGACAACGCUGCUAUGACAAGUAGUCAAGGAACAAGACCAACUAAUGAGGCGAGUGCACGCAUUAGGUGUAUGUAUCUCCCGGUUAAAGAGGGUAAAGAAAGUGUUGAGAGUCUUAUUGAAGGUUUAAAAGAAGAUGGAUAUGAUUACAAAGAAGACUUCGAAAGUUUUAGGCAUGUGUCUUGUAGACGGUUAGGUCGUCUACUACCAGAUGCUCGUUGGGCAUGGCUUCCAUUCAUGGAUUUCAGACAAAGAAAGACAGACAUAUCACAAGUCUUCUUAAAGAGAAGCUGCAUGAGAGUUAAAUGUUUUAUUGAGAUGGAUGCUGGUUUUAGCCCAACACCCUCUAAGACUGAUCUUGCGCAUCAAAACGAUUUUACUACCGCAUUGAGGAACUUGGGCAACAAGCAACCAUUUGAGAAAGAUUCAGGCGUAGACAUUGACAUCAAAAGAGAUGGAAAAUCGUUGAACCUGACACAAUUGGAUAAGGAGUACCAACUGUGGCUAAUGGAAAUGCAUGAAAAAUAUGAUGAAGAAGUUGAUUCUCGAUUUGAUGAACCUGUUCUUACGAGAAACCCUUCAUCAAUUGAGAUUUUAAAUACAAGGCAAUGUCGUGAGUUGGGGAUAGAAUCGUCAUUACCUGAUGAACCUGAAAUCAUUGCAGUUGUUCGUCCUGGUACUUAUAAAUCCGGGAUUCCCUCCAAACAUUUGGAUCAGAAAUAUGUGAUGAAAGAUAACUUUGAGAUGUCACUAAUCAUUACAUAUUCUACAAACAAGAAUCCUCAGGACGAACACACUUUCUAUUCUGGAAGUGUAGCACCUUCGUCACUUAGAGACUUUCAUGGUUUGUAUGUAUUCAAACCAAGAUGCACGCCACAUCCUCUGUUUCAGAAUCCCGGCAUUUUUACAUUCACCUUUUCUAUUGGAGAUUCAAGUUGUGAGAAACGUGUUGUGAAGGUCCCAGUGAAAGCUUCAUGUGAGAUGGGCACUUGCUAAGAAGAUUUCUCAUCAUAAUUUAAUGUAAGACACCUAUUAAAUCUAAUAUGUUCUUAUACGAGUUUAUCAAACUGAUGGAAAAAUUAUUUAACCAUUACAAUGUUUUUUU